AUGGCAGCCCAUAGACUGCAGAGGUAUGCAGUUUUUCUCGCUGGUUAUACUUUUACUAUUGAAUUCGUGGAGGGAGGGAACAAUGGCAAUGCGGAUGCCUUAUCCCGAUUACCACUUGAGGGGGGGAUUGCUGAUUUAGAUAUUUGUGAGAAAAUUCAGAGGGACAAGGUAUUAAAAAAAGUUUUUUUGUUUUUGAAGUCGGGAAAAUUGCCUAAUUCCAGUAAUGAAGUAAAGAGGAUAUUAAGCCGUAUUUUAAUAUGA